UUUAUAUGAUUCUUUGUAUGGUUAUACUGGCAUAAGAUCGGAAAAGUCAUGGUCGUUAAUUCGGGUGACCAGAAAGAAACCAUCUUGAAUAUCGAGGACAGAAGCAAUGACGGUAGUAUUCUUGCUUCCGGCGGAGCAUCUACCGCCGGUGGAGGUAAGAUUUGGAGAGAGUCAAGCUACGAUUUUUGGGACGACAGUGAGAAAAUUGAAAACAACUGGCAGGAAGCGAAUGGUAACAUGAAUGGUACAGGUAGUAGUGGUAAGAACAGUAUAAACAGGGAAAGUGAAGGCUUCGAUUUCAUGCAAAGCAAGCAAGCAGCAAUGGACGAUCCGCCUUCGAAGUUGAUCGGUCAGUUUCUGCAUAAACAAAAAGCUUCAGGCGAGUUCUCAUUGGAUAUGGAUUUGGAAAUGGACGAACUUCAACAAGAGCCACCCCAUCUCGGUGGUGUACUGCCUACAGUCUCCGAAUCACCGUCGCCUACGGCGGCUGCUCUUCCGAGGGCGUCUUUAGAUAACUACCCUGUAAGAAGAAGAUCGAGUAAAGGGUCACCAUCCCCGAGAAAAGAAGACGAUGGGGUUGUAAAAUGUAGCUCAAACUGUUCUUCUAAAAGAAGUGAAGGUGGUAUUUUUCCGAGGACAUCGAACUUGUUAGCAACCAGGACGAAGUCCAGGCUGAUGGACCCUCCUACACAAGAAAAAGGGGAGCCAAAGUCAGCCAAAUCCGGAGCAGGGAAGUCAAGGCAGAUAACGAGAUCCGGGUUUCUUGGGAAAAGCAUGGACGAAGAAGAGGAUGAUUCCUUGCUUGAAGAAGAUUUGCCUGAUGAGUAUAAGAGAGAUAAGUUCAGUGUUUUGGUGUUACUUGAAUGGUUAAGUUUGAUUUUGAUCAUAGCUGGUUUAGUUUGUAGUCUUACAAUCCCAUAUUUAAAGAAGAAAAGUCUAUGGAAGCUCAUGUUGUGGAAAUGGGAAGUUAUGGUUUUGGUCUUAAUCUGUGGUAGAUUGGUUUCAGGUUGGAUUAUAAAGAUAAUUGUGUUUUUUAUAGAGAGGAAUUUUCUUUUGAGGAAGAAGGUAUUGUAUUUUGUUUAUGGAGUGAGAAAACCUGUUCGAAAUUGCUUGUGGUUAGGGCUGGUUUUGAUUGCUUGGCAUUUCUUGUUCGAUAAGAAGGUUCAAAGGGAAACUAACAGUACAGUCCUUAGAUUUGUGACUAAAGUUUUGGCUUGUCUUUUGGUUGGUGUAAUAUUGUGGCUUGUGAAGACCCUUUUGGUUAAGGUAUUAGCAUCAUCUUUUCAUAUGAGUACUUAUUUUGAUCGAAUCCAGGAUUCGUUGUUCAACCAAUAUGUAAUCGAGACACUUUCUGGUCCUCCUUUGAUUGAGAUUCAAAGGGCGGAGGAGGAGGAAGAAAGAGUAGCGAAUGAAGUUAUGAGCUUACAGAAAGCUGGUGCCACAAUUCCUCCUGGGCUCAAGACGUCCACCAUUUCAUCUCCUCUUUAUGGGAAAACGACAGGGAGCGAAUGGAUCCAGAAAACUCCUCGAGGAAAAAGCCUUAUGCUGUCGCCGGCUCGUGCCCUUUCUGCCGGGACAGGAGAUAAGGAUGAUAAGGGAAUUACAAUUGACCACUUGCACAAACUGAAUCAUAAAAAUGUAUCUGCUUGGAAUAUGAAAAGGUUGAUGAAUAUAAUCCGACAUGGAGCUCUUUCCACUUUAGAUGAGCAGAUCCAAGAUUCAGCUUUUGAAGAUGAGUCUGCAAGACAAAUUAGAAACGAAUACGAGGCAAAAGUUGCAGCAAGGAAAAUCUUCCAGAAUGUUGCUAAGCCGGGAUCCAGGUUCAUCUACUUGGAGGACAUUGGACGUUUUCUGCCAGAAGAUGAGGCUUUGAAGACAGUGAGUCUCUUCGAAGGAGCUUCUGAAAGCAAGAGAAUUAGCAAGAAAGCCCUCAAGAAUUGGGUGGUCAAUGCUUUUAGAGAACGAAGGGCACUUGCCCUGACACUGAACGAUACCAAAACAGCAGUGAACAAACUUCAUCGGAUGGUAGACGUCCUGGUUGGCAUCGUCAUAUUCAUUAUCUGGCUCCUCAUACUUGAAAUUGCCAGCAGUAAAGUUCUUGUUUUUAUUAGCUCUCAACUGCUUCUUGUCGCAUUCAUAUUUGGAAACACAUGCAAGACCAUAUUUGAAGCUAUUAUAUUCUUGUUCGUUAUGCACCCAUUCGAUGUGGGUGACAGGUGCGAAAUUGAUGGAGUUCAGAUGAUCGUGGAGGAAAUGAACAUCUUAACUACUGUUUUCUUGAGAUACGAUAACCAGAGGAUCAUAAUCCCGAACAGCGUGUUGGCUACUAAAGCCAUAAAUAACUACUACCGUAGCCCCGACAUGUUAGAGAUAGUUGAAUUCUGUAUCCAUGUGAAAACUCCUGCUGAAAAGAUUGGUCUCAUGAAGCAGAGGAUAUUGAGUUACAUCGAGCACAGGAGUGACCACUGGUAUCAAGACACGAUGAUCAUACUUAAGGAGCUCGAAGUGUUGAACCGAGUAAGGAUAGCAAUAUGGGUGACACAUAGAAUGAACCACCAAGACAUGGGAGAGAGGUUUACAAGAAGGGCUCUCUUGAUCGAAGAGCUGGUUAGGGUUUUCAACGAAUUGGAUAUUAAAUACCGCUUGUACCCUAUCGACAUUAAUGUCUGUGGCAUGCCUCCCAUGGCAUCAGACCACCUUCCUCCGACUUGGAGUGGACCCGCCAGCUAAACAUGGAACGCAUGUUUAUAAGCGAGGCAUGGUUGCUGGAGGAGUGGUUGUUGGAGUGGCUACUGGGGAAGCCACAAGUUCAGUUGAUACUACCAGAAAUCAGUUGCUUCAGUUUUUUGAUGGAGAAAUUUAGGACCAGGACACUCAGGUUCAAGCAUGGCAAGUGAAGCACAACAAAUAUGUUAGAAUGCAUGCAAGACUUAAAGCACCAGCCCCUUGAUUUUAUUUUGUUAUUUUUUCAAAAAGAGGGAGUAAUUGUGGGGGUGGAGUAGGCUGGUUUGGUUCUUGGUAUGGCU